AUGACAGAUAAUUCAGAGUUUUCUACAGAUGUCUCAAACGAAUGUUUUGAUAACAAUGACUCAAUAGAUAUCAGUAAAAUUAAAGAAAUAGAGUUAUAUAAAGACUCAGGAAAUUAUGAAGAUUUAAUUAAAACUAUUAUAGAAAAGCAAAAAAAAUUAUCUGUCAUUCUCAAUGAAAUAGAUGAUGUAAAAAGUGAAUAUGAAAAAUUAUAUAAUGAGAAACAAACAACACAAGAAUAUAUUGCAAAUUUAAUGAAAAUUUAUAAUAAAUCGGCCAAAAAAUAG